AUGGAGCCUGCGGUGAAUGGAACCAAAAAUGUGAUUGUUGCGGCGGCAGAAGCAAAGGUUAAAAGGGUUGUGUUCACGUCGUCAAUUGGUACAGUGUACAUGAACCCCACCAGGAGCCCUGAUGUGGUGGUCGAUGAGUCAUGUUGGAGCACCUUGAAUAUUGCAAGAACACCAAGGUUAGACAUAAUAUUAUAA